AUGGCCCCUGGCAAAGACCGUCUCUACAUCGCGCUGUACCACCACAAGCGCGAAGGAGUGUACCAUUGGGCAUAUCUCGUAUCGCCCAAGUCCGCCCCUGACAGCCCUAACCGGACGGUGAAGUACCAUGUCACCAACGUCCUGCGGCCGGCGGAGGGUACCGUCAGGGAGGAAUGGCGGUACGAACGGCUGCCGUUGGCGGAAGUCAAGUCUCCCAGGCUGCUGGCCAGGCUGCUCGUCGGUAAAGUAGUGAGCUCGAGGGGAGAGCUGGACCGGUGCCUUGAUGGCGUCCCCGUCGUCCAGGAUGUGAGCGAGCGAGCCGCCGUGUGCUACCGUCUAAGCAGCUCGUCAGUCACCGACUGGGACGUCAUCGAAGCUGAGAGUCGGGCUUACGUCGAGAGGAAGAGAGACGAGGGACGCUUCAAGGUGGUCAUGGACUCGAUUCCAACUUACGACCUUGUGCAAAGACGAGAGAUCGUGCCUUAG